AUGGCAAGAUUUCGUAUAUCUUUUCUCUAUGGUAAAUAUUAUGAAGUAACAAUCAAUGAAAAUCCAAUAACAUUAGAAAAUUUUCGAAAAACAAUUGAAAAUAUUCUUCCACCAUGUCGAGAUAUAAAUGAUUAUUUUUAUGUUGUUAGUGGUAAACCUCCACAUAAAUUAAAUAUUAAUAAUGAAGAAGAAUUUAAUCAACAUCGAACAUUAAUAACAAGUGGUUGUUAUAUAUGGAUUAAAUUAAAAUAA